UCUAGAAGUGGUGGCGAGAGGUUGUGAAUGUGUUCUCGUGCGGUUCACGGAAAAUUUUAUUAGUUUUAACUGGUGAAUACCUUCAAUUAAAGUAUUCUACGUGUGCGAAGCCGCCGCACAACUUUGCUGGCAAGAGAAAAAAGAAGCGUCCUCCAAGAUGGCGGACGACGAGCAAUUUUCGUUGUGUUGGAACAAUUUCAACACCAAUUUAUCGGCCGGAUUCCAUGAUUCCCUCGUGCAAGGGGACUUGGUGGAUGUGACGCUAGCCGCCGAGGGACAUUUAGUGAAGGCCCACCGUCUCAUUUUAUCAGUUUGUUCGCCCUACUUCCGGAAAAUGUUCAUGCAAAUGCCCGUUAACCAGCAUGCAUUCAUUUUCCUUAAAGACGUGAGCCACUCAGUCCUGAAGGAUCUCAUACAGUUUAUGUAUUGCGGGGAGGUCAAUGUCAAGCAGGAAGCCCUACCCGGAUUCAUCAGCACUGCGGAAGCACUACAAAUUAAAGGACUGACAGAAACGGGAGAUAGUGCACCGCCACAAGCGUCUCCUGCCAAAGAAAUACCCUCCACCCCUGCACCGGUGAGCAUUUCAACCGCCAACAUUGUGCCGUCUCGCGGUAAAUCACAGCGCACUCGAGCUCAGUCUUACAAACUUGAAUCGGAAGAAAGUGGGGACGAUAAAAUAGUACAAAUUCAAACGCCAGCCUCGCACCAUACGUCGCCGGCUUCUCAGCAAGUGCAACAAGUUCAGCAGUUGCACGUAGCCAGCGCUCAAAAGCGGGUGCUCGGUCAGCGUCAUGUGCAGCCGAGUCAGAUCACCAAGCGGGCGAAACUAUCGGUCAGCAGUACCGAUGUGCUCGAUUCCUCGGACAGUACCACACAAAUCCAGACUGUACAAAUCGUCAAACAAUUGCCAUCCCAGACCGCAGAACCAGAAUAUGUUGAUCUGGCUAUGGAACCAUUAAACGCUAAAGCUGAACCUGAUUACGUCGAGGAACAGGCCGAGAUCGAAACAGUUGAGGCAGAAACGGAACAGGACCAAUCGCUGACGGAAAACGAGCAGACGGCCGAUCAGGAACAGGAACAAGGCGACGACGGUGACCAAUACGUUGACGAUGACGGAUACGGCGAACUGGCAAAGUACGAGGAUUCUUAUUUCACCGAGGGCGAAGAUGGAAAGGCAGGAGCUUCUGGAUUUGGAGAAUCAUACGCAUCGGAUGGCACUAGCAACGAACAGGCAUCACAAGAUCCUGCAACCGCAUGUUCGGUAUUGAUGGGGUUAUUUGAUGUCUCCAGCACAUCUACCAGCAACGAUUACGUGUCCUGUGAUGUAAAAAUCAAGCAAGAGAAGGAGGAAUUCCUGACCGAGUGCAGCGAUGAUCCUUCUUCCUCUACGACAAUCAAUCGAUCGUUAAGGAUGAAACGGUCAUCAAUAGUUGAGGGUUCCGUUCGUAUGUCAAGUAAUGCGAACAAUACUGGCGGAGAAAGAAAGGGUAUUGUAUUACCCCGGGAGACGUUACGCAGGCUGUCAUCAUUGCGAUUGGAGCAGAGAGCAAACAAAUAUCACGAAAUUAAAAAAAGCGCUGGAAAACCUGCACAACGCCAGCGAUGUGUUUCCUGCUUCAAGCAAUCUCAGCUGGAGUCUGGUGCCAAACCUAAGCCCAUGACCAAAUGGGUUACAACAUAUUGUGAUGAUUGUCCCGAUAAGCCAUUUCUGUGCAUUCUUUGCUUUAGCAAGAUUCAUUGUAAUCUACGAAGCAAAUCCCAAAUCAUGUAAUAAUGGGGCAUAUAAAUACGAGUGCAUAUUUAGUAGAGUGGUCGCCAUGAAUGAGUUCCUGAGUCCAUGGUAAAUCACAAAGCACAUUCCUUUGUUUAGUUUUCUCCCUGGAAUUAAGAAGUCUUCGAAAAGCGAUAAAGGUGUAUAAUGGAUUAGGAGGAGGGUAGGUAGAAAUAGUUCCGGAAGUGGAGCAUACUCAACAGAUAACAGAUAAGUUGAAUUGAUCUUCAUCUUUGCACAGCAGACUAUUAUCCUUUUAGAUAGUCUUAACAUACGGUAAUAAGUACAUCGUCAAUUCAAAAGGCCUGAUACCUACAGGGAAUACUAACACAUCGUAAUGAUGCGUUCUCCUAUGUUCCUUAUUGUAAAGCAGUGUCUUGCUAGCAGCAUAUCAACACAGACUGCACUGAGGGACGGCCAACGUAGGGGGAAUUAACUUCUACUAUCUAUUGUAGAAAUCCCGCUUCAAUUAUUAUGAUCAAAGAAAUAAAGCUAAAGAAUUUGAAAUGAGUAUAAUUGUUUCAAUUGAUUUGUUGUGUAUAAAUCCGAACGGUGGUUGGAUGUUGCUUUCUUGCAACCAACACUGCUGAACAGAACACUUUCCAUCCCGAUUGUACUUGUUUUCUAUCGUCCCCAUUUGUCUU